AUGAACAGUCUCGCGGAGGGUGCUACCUUCGACAGUAUCGUGAGAUACGUGUUGAAGCACAUGAAGAUCACGCAUGCACGAGCUGGUUACCUGGUGAUGGAGGUUCUGAAGGCCGGGAUCGCUGUGGGAAGAAUCAAAAGAACUCCUCGCGGUACCUAUAUUCUGGCAUCGGAGAAACCUGGCACCAUCGCUCAUCGAAUAAGAGAGCCUCGAUUCAGCGACGAUAGUAACGACGACGUAUCUUCCGACGAAAGCUCCUAA